UAAUUCGUACCAGACUCAAAUCUGAAUUUUCAAAUUUUUUUUUUGUCACGUGGGGAAGUAACUUGAGAGGCGACCAGCUAAGCAGUAUCAGUUUUGGAGUUUUUAAUAAUAAUGUUGGGGACAAUGAGAAUGACAUAAUGUAGUAGUAUAAAUGCAUCUAGCAGCAAGUGUUGAAUACGAGUAGCGAUGGAGAAGAAGAAGGGUGAGCUAAAGUCAAUUUUCCUUCCUUUCCUUUCCACUAGUCACAUAAUCCCGCUAGUGGACAUGGCCAGACUCUUCGCCUUGCACGACGUCGACGUCACCAUCAUCACCACCGCACAUAACGCCACCGUUUUCCAAAAGUCCAUCGAUUUAGAUGCGAGUCGCGGUCGCCCCAUCAGAACGCACGUUGUCAACUUCCCCGCCGCACAAGUGGGUCUCCCCGUUGGGAUCGAAGCCUUCAACGUCGAUACGCCUCGGGAAAUGACCCCCAGAAUCUACAUGGGCCUAUCCCUUCUCCAACAAGUCUUCGAAAAACUCUUCCAUGACUUGCAACCGGAUUUCAUCGUCACCGACAUGUUCCACCCUUGGAGUGUCGAUGCUGCUGCUAAACUCGGCAUUCCGAGGAUCAUGUUCCACGGCGCAAGUUAUCUCGCUCGCUCCGCUGCGCACUCCGUUGAACAGUACGCACCCCACUUGGAAGCAAAAUUCGACACCGACAAGUUCGUGUUACCUGGGUUACCCGAUAACUUGGAGAUGACGCGCUUGCAGUUGCCGGAUUGGCUUAGGUCUCCGAAUCAGUACACUGAACUGAUGAGGACGAUUAAGCAGUCAGAGAAAAAGAGUUACGGUUCACUUUUUAAUAGUUUUUAUGACCUCGAGAGUGCUUACUACGAGCAUUACAAGAGCAUCAUGGGAACUAAGAGUUGGGGAAUUGGACCGGUUUCGUUGUGGGCGAACCAGGAUGCUCAAGAUAAAGCUGCACGAGGGUAUGCUAAAGAAGAAGAAGAGAAAGAAGGGUGGCUUAAGUGGCUCAACUCCAAAGCAGAGAGCUCUGUUUUGUAUGUGAGUUUUGGGAGCAUGAACAAGUUCCCUUACUCUCAGCUCGUUGAAAUAGCACGUGCGCUUGAAGAUUCGGGGCAUGAUUUUAUCUGGGUGGUGAGGAAAAACGAUGGGGGUGAAGGAGAUAACUUUUUGGAGGAGUUUGAGAAGAGAAUGAAGGAAAGUAACAAAGGAUAUUUAAUAUGGGGUUGGGCCCCACAGUUGUUGAUACUGGAGAAUCCUGCGAUUGGAGGGUUGGUUACUCACUGUGGUUGGAACACGGUGGUGGAAAGCGUGAACGCGGGGUUGCCGAUGGCGACGUGGCCUCUGUUUGCGGAGCAUUUUUUCAACGAGAAGCUGGUGGUGGAUGUGUUGAAGAUUGGGGUGCCGGUGGGGGCGAAAGAGUGGAGGAACUGGAACGAGUUUGGGAGUGAGGUGGUGAAACGGGAGGAGAUUGGAAACGCGAUUGCUUCGUUGAUGAGUGAGGAAGAAGAAGAUGGAGGAAUGAGGAAGAGAGCCAAGGAGCUAAGCGUUGCGGCGAAGAGUGCUAUAAAGGUUGGUGGAUCUUCGCACAACAACAUGAAGGAAUUGAUUCGGGAGCUCAAGGAGAUCAAGCUUUCCAAGGAGGCUCAAGAGACCGCACCCAAUCCUUAAGACUGGUUCUGCUUUUCCAUCUUUUGAACAAGAGUAAUGUAUUUUGGGACACUCUUAUUAGUCUUAGCAGUAUCAGUAUCCCAGGGAAAUCCAUCAUUUUCUUUUUCUUAGUUUCAUUGUUUUUGUAACUUCUAGUACUCAGGAUGUCCAUCAUCAUUUUCGUGAGUAUGUACUACGAAUCUACGAUCGUGUUGACAACUUAGCGAUUUCCUGACAAUGCUUUUAAUAAAAAUUUAGAGUUUUAUUGUAA